AUGAGGAACCUGGCAAAGCAGGAUGAUCUUCUAAAAGCUACUGAAGGCUUGGUGGGGAAAACCCUGGAGAUAAAACAGCUUGAUGUGUGUAGUGAAGAAUCCAUCAAGAACUGUGUCAACAGCAUUCCUGAUCGCAGAGUUGACAUUCUAGUUAGUAAUGCAGGCAUGGGACUUAUUGGCCCUAUUGAAUGUCAAACCAUUGAAGAAAUGAAAACUGUAAUGGACACAAACUUCUUUGGACUGGUCAGACUACUGAAAGAAAUAUUACCGGACAUGAAGAAGAAGAAGAGUGGACACAUCGUAAUAAUAAGCAGCGUGAUGGGAAUACAAGGUAUUCUGUUUAAUGAUGUGUAUGCUGCCUCCAAGUUUGCUGUUGAAGGCUUCUGUGAAAGUCUCGCAAUACAGGCACUAAAAUUCAAAUUGCAGCUGAGCCUAAUUGAACCUGGCCCGGUCAUCACAGAAUUUGAAAGGAAAGUCUACGAAGACGGAAUGAAAAUGGAUCUUUCUGGAGCAGAUAAGGAAACUGCAGAGAUGUUUACCAAUGUUUAUCUUAAAAAUUAUAAGUCAAUCUUCCAGAGCCUGGGCCAGACAGCUGAAGAUGUAGCAGAGCACACAAUGAAGAUUAUUCUCUCAGAUAAUCCACCUUUCCGUCACCAGACAAACACCCUCUACACCCCAAUGACAACGCUAAAAUAUGCUGAUCCAAAUGGUGACUUACCCAUCGAUACCUUCUACAAGAUGGUCUUUCAUCAUGACAAAAUUUUCAAUGCAAGCCUUAAUUUCAUCAAAUUACUGAGAUGGAGAAGUAAAAAGAGUUUUGACCUUGGGAAGAAUCAGUCAUAA